UCUAUGACUAACCUCUUAUUAUCAGUCAUUGACUAGUGAUAGUGUACAAAUUGUUAUUGUUAAAAAUUCAAUGUACGUAAUUUUAACGUUUUAAAUCUCAGGUCAUUUGUAUUUAAAAUUUAUGAUUCAAAACAGAUAUCCACUAUUACAAUUUAAAAUUUUUAUGUAAUAAACAGGUUAUAUAUUUCGUGAUUGAUUAGUAUUGAAUACUCAGCGUGUAGUGAUAAAAAAUAUUAUUUGAAUUUGAAUUCUCCCAGACUAACAAAACAAACUGUGCCAUGUGAAUGUCAAGAAUGAGCCCACUGUUGGCACUGGCACUGACAGUGGUGAGCAACACACAGUCACCAUUGGAGGGAGAAGUGGUGGUGGGGGUGAGGUGGCUAGACUGUAGACAGCAGACUCUGUCAGUCAGUUGUGAGCCACCAUGGAGGACACUCAAGACAUCGAGCAGGAGUCCUUAAACAUUCACACAACACAGCUAACAUAUAAUACUUUCAAAACAGCUGAUAGCAGUUCAAGAUUUUUGCCUGAUAAAUUUAAGGGUUCAACCGAUAGGGCACCUGGCCAACCUCGAGUCAAGGACAUCUACCCUCAAGUGAAUCAUAGCAUCCUGUAUGGCACACAUGCUUGUAAUCCAGACUGGUAUCACAUAGCAUACUUUGCAAUCCUUUUACCUCAGUAUGUUGCAGUAUGUUGUAUCAUAGCACCAUGUAUUGCUCACAUGCUCUUAAUCCAGGCUGGUAUCAACAUGGCAUAUUCUGCAAUCCAUCAACCUCAGAUUGUUUCAGAUUAUACGUCAUAUAUUGCUCAUAUGCUCGUGAUCCAGGCUGGUAUCAACAUGGCAUAUUCUGAAAUCCAUCAACCUCAGUUGAUGGAUGACAACUCCACCUUCCGUAUUGACAAGGAUCAAGCAUCCUGGAUUGCUAGUCUGAUGGCUAUUGCUACUCCAGUAGGAGCGCUAGUGUGUGGUCCGUUCAUGGAUCUGCUGGGUCGCAGGCUUUUCUCCGUCAUCGCAACAGUGCCCAUAAUCCUCUCCUGGUUUAUACUGGUUUUAAUGCCAAACUCUGUCUGGCUAUUGUAUGUAGCCAGAGUGCUUGCAGGCUUUGGAGGGGGAUUGACGACUGUAUCAAUUGUCUACAUCUCGGAGAUUAGCAAUGCAGCAUGGCGCCCAAUGCUGCUGUGCCUCAACUCCGUGUUUGUCAGCCUGGGCAUCCUGCUGACCAACAUUCUGGGCGUGUGCCUGCCCUGGCGUGUUGUUGCUCUCUCUGCUGGCUGUCUUACCCUCACCAGUGCCGCUGCCAUUCUCGCCUACAAUCCCGAGAGUCCCUACUGGCUCCUCACAUUCUCUCCCUCUGAAAAAAACUUUGAACAGGCCAAGAAAUCUCUGCGUUUUCUUUACCCCAAUCAACAAAUGUUUGCCAUGGAGUGGGAUCGACUAGUAACUCUCAGUCAAGAAAAGCGUGAUAAGGACCCUGGGCAAAGUGAAAGUGAUGGGUUGAUAGGGAAAGUCAAACAAUCGACUUCAGCAUUCCUUCAGAGGUCAUCUCUGCUGCCAUUAGCUCUGCUCAUGACCAUCUUUUUGUUCCAACAACUCAGCGGCACCUAUCCAAUCAUAUUUUAUGCUGUCCAAGUCUUCCAGUCCAUUGGUGGCCACUUCGGUGGAGGUCUGGAUGAAGACUCCGCCACAGUCUUGCUCGGGAUAAUCAGGUUCGCGAUGAGCCUGCUUACAGCCGGGUUGUCCCGUAUGUAUGGCAGGAGACCUCUCUUGAUUGUUUCUGGAGUAGGGAUGACCAUAUCUAGCUUUGCUGCUGCAAUUUACCUCCAGAAAAGUUCUGUUUUCAACAAUGUGUUCAACAAAAACCAAAUAGUUUUAAAUCACACAAGUCUAGAGAACUUAACGUAUGCUAGUGUUAAUGUUACCAAUAGCAAUUCUAGUGCUCCUAUAUUGGGUGAUCCUAAUGUAGACAAUAUGGCCAACUUGAUAGGGCUUAUAUGUAUUCUUGUUUUUGUAAGUAUGAGUUCUUUGGGAUUUCUCAUUAUCCCAUGGACUCUUAUCGGAGAGAUUCUACCUCUGUCGGUUCGAGGAAUGGGUGGAGGACUGUUGGUCUCUUUUGCUUACGUUUUGAUGUUUGGCGUUGUUAAAAUCUUUCCAUUUAUGCUAGAUGUGCUGCAUAUAUCUGGCUGUUUUUAUUUUUUCAGUUUCACAUCUCUUAUAAAUGUAUUAAUUGUUUAUUUCUUCCUACCUGAAACAUUAGGCAAAAGUUUUGAGGAAAUUGCAAAAUUCUUUGUAAGACCUAGAUAGAAUAAAAUCUUAACUGAAGAUUUUACUUUUUGCAAUGGUUGACCACAUUGUGUGUAUUCAGUGAAAUUAUGACCUUUUUCCUCAGUCCCUUAUUAAAUUCUGACAAAUAUGUUUACUUUUGCUCAUUUGUUUGUUGCGUUUCCUAUUAUUAUAAUUUAAAUUAAACAAAACAAUUUUGUUAUUGAGUUUGUCUUGACAUUUUAGUAAUUAAAACCAAUAUUUUUAUUUUUAUUAACUGAAUUUUUCAUGGCAAUAUUUAAAAUCAGUUUAGUUUUGGAUAGUAUUUUAUAUUAUUUACCAACCCAUAAGUUUCCCAGUCAUUUAAACUACAUGAACAUUUAUAAAAAAUGUUACUUAAAUUUGUAACAAUACUUUCCAUGCCAUAUUUUAAUCAGAGUCCAAAUUAUCUACUUAAUGUGUAUUAUUUAAAUACACUGAUAUGUGGUCCUUAUAUCAAUUUAUUUUUAAGUAAAAAGUAUAUUAUAAAACAAGGCUCUUAAAUCAAAAUACUGAACUUUCGCUUCACUUAAAAUGAUUAUUUAUCACAACAUACUGAGAUUCCUUCUACAGAUGGUUAAGAAUAAACCAAUAUAAUAUAUUUUGAUCUCUGACUCUGUGAUGGUAAUAUUAUGUAACAGUUUCCUGUUUUAUUUCUAAAGAAAUGUUUAUUUGGAAUAGAGUGGUGUCUACUAUAUCAAAGAUUAACAAAACCACUAGUUUGAGAAAAUUGGGUGGAGUGAAUAUAAUAGGGUAAAGACUUCACUUAUAUGUUUGGAAGUUAUUACAGCCUCAUAUCUAAGAGGCUGUCUUAAAAUAUAUUUUAUUUUAUAUUUUAUUAAAAUUCUUAUGAUAUUUUAAUUAUUAUUAUAGUAUGUUUUUUGUUGUAUGUUUCAAGCAUUCUUUAAACGUAAGCAAUUAUUUUCAUAUUUUGUAGAUAAAGUAAUACUCUUCAGCUGAAACUACUAGUUAUAGUGUAAAUGUUGAGUUUGGCUACAGAUCACCUCCUUUAGUCUGGAAUCUGAUGCUGUCACAGACUUAACUCCUGAAAAGUCAGUGACGAAGAAGCUCAGAAUGAACUGCAGGUGCACAGUUGAUGAGAUAAUGAGAAUACCUCUUUACCCAGAUUACAUUAUAUUUUGAAAUUUAAGUCUCUUUGAUGUCAAAACAAUAUAAAAAUUCAAUUUUUAGAUCUUCGUCACCAAUUUUUUUUGGAUCUUCUCAGACAAUAUGACUCCAGUCAGAGUCAAGUCUGUGACAGCGUCUGAUUCCAGAUGCUGCACUAAGAGGAAGGUGAAUUGGAACUAAACUAACAUUCACAUUGAAUAAACCCGUACCUUCAUAGCUAUGUUAUGCCAAUUGCUGUAAUAAUAUAAAUAAUCUAGCAAAUAAAAAGUUCAGUGAAA